AGUACGGUUGUCGACAUCUUGCAAGAAAGAGGCCCCUCUUUCCCGUGUCCAGCGAAACUUCUUGGAAUCACCCUCCUUCGCUUUUCCCCUCGUCUCGCCUCUCUCUCUCCCUCCUACGCGUUUCGACCCCUCUUCCGCUUUCAGAUCCGAUGAACUUCGCUGCCCCCGUAGAGACUUGACUCUCUCUUGACCCGUCAAGGAUUCUGUAUUCCUCUCCACAAGGAGAUUCAUAUUUUGUGAGGAGUUCAUGGGUUCUUUUUUGUCAAAACAUGGAAGAACGAGACAACCUUCUCCAUUUGCCUCAAGUUCACAGUCAUGGAAUCAUCAGAGCUAUCCAUAUCCAGCAUAUCCUCAACCUGAACAGGACUAUGCGCCACAUCCUAACUACAAACCUUCACCACCUCCUCCAAGCUACAGUGGUAACGCUUCGCAUUCAAAGAGGAAGCUUGAAAGGAAAUUCUCAAAAAUUAAUGAUGAUUAUACUACCCUGGAACAGGUUACGGAUGCCUUGGCACGUGCUGGCUUGGAGUCUUCAAACCUGAUUGUUGGUAUUGAUUUCACAAAAAGCAAUGAAUGGACAGGUGCAAGGUCAUUCAACCGGAGAAGCCUGCAUCACAUUGGAGAUGGUCAAAAUCCCUAUGAACAGGCAAUAGCAAUAAUUGGGAAAACACUGUCAUCUUUCGAUGAAGACAACCUAAUUCCCUGUUUCGGAUUUGGAGAUGCCUCAACUCAUGAUCAAGAAGUUUUUAGUUUCUAUCCUGAUGAGAGAUUUUGUAACGGAUUUGAAGAGGUUUUGACACGUUAUAGAGAAUUGGUACCUCAACUACGACUCGCGGGCCCAACUUCAUUUGCUCCCAUAAUUGAAAUGGCCAUUACAAUAGUUGAGGAAAGUGGUGGCCAGUACCAUGUGCUAGUAAUAAUUGCUGAUGGGCAGGUGACAAGAAGUGUUGAUACCGGUCGUGACCAGCUAAGCCCGCAGGAGAGAAGUACUGUCGAAGCAAUAGUCAAAGCAAGUGACUAUCCCCUGUCAAUUAUACUAGUUGGCGUUGGUGAUGGGCCGUGGGACAUGAUGAAAGAAUUUGAUGAUAACAUUCCUGCCCGGGCCUUUGAUAAUUUCCAGUUUGUCAAUUUCACAGAAAUAAUGUCAAAGAAUAUGGACAGAUCCAGAAAAGAAGCAGAGUUCGCUCUUGCAGCUUUGAUGGAAAUACCUUCCCAGUAUAGAGCAACACUGGAGCUGAGUAUUUUGGGCAGUUCUCGAAGGGGAAAAGUGAUAGACCGGGUAUCUCUCCCUCCUCCUCAAUACGGUGCAGCUUCUUUGGGCACCUCGAAAGCUUCACGAUCAAGCAGUUUUCGACCAAGCGCACCUUCUGCUAGACAUGAUACGUUUGUUGGCACAACUGCUUCAAGUUCUGCUGUGUCUGAUAAUCAUGAUUGUCCAAUUUGCCUGACCAAUCAAAAGGAUAUGGCUUUCAAUUGUGGUCAUCAGACCUGCUGCGAGUGUGGACAAGAUCUGGAGUCAUGCCCCAUUUGUCGUUGUUUCAUCGAAACUAGAAUAAAGCUCUACUAAAGGAAGAUCCACUGCUUUUAUCAAGUUUGUUGCCAUUUUUAGGCAGAUGCUAUAGCGGACAUCUCAUAACACCGACAAUAAUGCAAUCCCCAGUUGUCCACUGUACAUACCUCAUGGAAUUGUCCCGUUCGUGAUCUGAAGGACUCUAAGGAAGUUCCAGGUAGCUUGAGAACGGCUCGGAUUCAGUCGGGCAGUACUUGCUUCAACAGGGAAGAUAGAACCAUCACUCACUCGAAUAGAUGAAAUAACCCUUUUCGAUUGUCUCCUUGUUCUGUUUCUUGUAUGAAUGUGAUUAUGGUUGAAUUGUCCCAUAUCCCUACUCGACGAUAUCAGUUGUCAUUUUAUCAAGUAAUUAUUUGGCAUCGGUGUCGAUUCUUUCUUUC